CCAUUGGUUGCAGUGUAUAUUUUAUUCAAACUUCAAAAUUACGCGCCUAAAAUAAUCAUUACGCGCGUGAACAUUAUCUUGCGACAUUCGGGCAAAAUAAUUUACACAAUUAAACUGCAUCGAUAUCCGUAGCGAGUGAAACAUGAAAUGCCAAAUUCCGGAGAUUUCCUGGCACAAUCGUGAUCCGGUGCUCAGUGUCGACAUACAGCUGAAACAAUCCACCGAGAAGGGUGACUUCUAUCGGUUAGCUUCUGGCGGAACUGAUUCCCAUGUUUUGAUUUGGCACAUCAGCCAAAAGGCCGAAUGUGGUACGAUCUCACUAGAGUUGGCAGCCGAUCUAACCCGACAUCAGCGAGCAGUAAAUGCGGUGCGUUGGUCUCCGAGCGGAGAAUUGCUUGCUUCUGGUGACGAUGAAAGUAUAAUCUUUCUUUGGAAACAAAGUCGCGAAGGCGACUUGUUGGUAUUAGAUGAAACAUCUGACAAAGACAUCGAGACGUGGAUAAUUUGGAAAAUUCUCCGCGGACAUAUGGAGGAUGUUUACGAUUUGAGUUGGUCGCCGAAUUCGAUGUACCUCAUCAGUGGGUCGGUCGAUAAUACCGCAAUCGUUUGGGAUGUUAACAAGGGGAAAUCGCAGCACAUUAUGUCCGAUCACAAAGGGUUCGUCCAAGGAGUGGCGUGGGAUCCCAAAAACCAAUUUCUUGCUACACUUAGUUCUGAUCGGUAUUUUCGAGUGUUUGAUCUGCAGUCAAAGAAGGUUCUAACGAGAAACAACAAAUGCGUUUUGUCGGUUCCGAAAGAGUCGCUUUUGCACGGAAAAACAGUUCGCUUGUUUCACGAUGAUACGCUGCAGACAUUCUUCCGGAGGUUAAGCUUCAGUCCCGAUGGUAACCUGAUCGUCACUCCCUCUGGUGUAGCGGAGGUUGAAGGUAUCUCGAAGCCUCUCCACACAACAUAUAUCUACACGAGAAAUUCUUUGAAACAACCAGCAAUCACACUACCUUCACCCGAUCAGUACACAGUGGCCGUUCGUUUCUGCCCGCUGUAUUUCAAGCUGAGGACUCAUCCGGCGGACAAACCGCCUGUUAUUCCGCUUCCAUAUCGAAUGAUUUUUGCAGUUGCAACAAAAAGUUCCGUUUAUUUGUACGAUACUCAGCAAAGGAGCCCCUUUGGUUUGAUUUCAAACAUACACUACACAAGGCUAACGGAUAUUUCGUGGUCCGGUGAUGGGAAAAUUUUGAUUGUGUCCUCUACCGACGGAUUUUGUUCGCUGAUUUCGUUUACCGAAGGUGAGCUGGGCGAGAUUGUUGAAAUCGAAGAAAACGGUGCGGUUGUGGAAGGAAAAACUCCAACCAAAAAAACUGCUGCAAAUCGGAAGACCAAGAAAGGGAAAGAUGACCAGAGUGAGAAGGAAGUGCAAAAGGAGAAGGAUGCAAAUGUGACGCAGGUUGAAGAAAACAGUGGGGUUGUGGAGGAAAGAACUCCAACCAAAACAAUUCAAAAUUCUGUGAACCAGAAUGAGAAGGAAGAAAAGCGGGACGAACGUAAGGCUGUAUCUACUGAAUCGACCAGAAAAACGUCGAAAGUUGAGGCUCAACCGAUUGCUAUUCGUAGAAAACCGAAGGAAGGAGAGGUAAAAUCAUCGGGACAAGUAGAGGUGAAGGCCAACCCGAUUGAAAUUAGACGUAAACCAAGGGAGCAAGAGGAACCGCCACAACCAAUCGCAAUCAAACGGAAGCCGCAGGGAGACAAGCCAACAGCUGAACCAACGAAAGAGGAGGAAUCACGCAAGAGACCACGCUCCAACAGCACAGAGAAGGAUGAUCUCUCCGGACAUGCAAACCCGGUUACAGUUCGUCGUGUUACCCUGGAAACCGGUGAUCCGAAGACUGGAAUCAUCGUGAAAGAGAUUCCACCCGCCGCCACAACAGUGUCCGAGAAGAUUGUGCAACCGGCGAAAGAAAUCAUCAUCGAAACACAGAAAAUCAUUAGUAGCGAUGAGAAGUUCGAGAGUCCUUGCAAGGCUAGUCGUCCUGCAACGCCCAUUGCGAUCCGUCGUCAUCCGAGGACGCCCGAGCCUGUCGCAGGUUCUAAUGCUCCCGAUAAGGAAAGCACCGCCGCAACACCGAAGAACGGCAAAUCUGCGACGCCAAUCGCGACUAAAAGACAGCCUCGUUGUUUGGAGUCUAAUCCUGGCCCGUCGAGGGUUUCUGACGGAGAGGAUGCCGUCGAUACUUGGCCAAUUGAUGAGCCCAAACCGACGUCAAAGAUCGUUAUGAACAGCUCGCCGGGCGAGUGUGAUCAGACGGAGGAUAUAAAGCUGGUCAUAUCAGAUGAUGAAGAUGAUCUACCAGCUCCUAAAGAAGACGAUUCCGGCGAUCAAAGGGUUGCCACGACUCCUAAGACUCCACGGCGAGUUGAGUUUCGUACUUUGUCAACGCCGAAAUCGAAGAAGAAGCUUCUUUGAGUGGAUUAGUGAUUAUUAUUAUGUGUAAGUGGUUGUUAUGCUGUAAGAUA